AUGGCAUGCACAUUCGAUUCUACUUCAACGACGCAGGCGGCAGUGCCGGGAGAAGAUGAUGACGACGUUGAAGGGGCUCCCCCAGCUGCCCUUGACGUCCACGCCGAAGACUUGACAGAAUCUCCGCUGCUUACGCAGUUGUCUCCGCCCACCGAUGACUCGCUAUUGCCAGCGUCCGAAGGUUCCCCUCGAACGCGCCAUUCGCUGGGAAGUAGCGCCACCAACAAAGCUGCCGCAGUGAGUGAAGAAGAUGCCGGAGAUGUUUUACCUAAACCUGCCACUGCUGCCCAUGAACGCCGCGUGGAACCGCCUCGAACACCCUCCAAAAGAAAGCAACAUCCCACCAAACCGCCCACCACCAGCGGCAAGCGCCAAGCUGCACCAGCAUCUCGUACACUUGAGCUACCAUCGCUGAACGCUUCACCAUCAAGCCCCAGCACAACUGCUCCCAGAAAUGCAAUUGCAGGUGCUAUAGAAAUGGCAGCGAAGACGAAGGCAGUCGGAAACACCGCAUUCACACCCAGUGGGGGCCACACUGUCGGAUAUGCAGUGAGCCGCGGAUGGAUACACAAGCUCAUCGAUAUGGAGUGGGUCAGGACGGAUGCGUUGCAACGCCAAGCCUGUAUGUUGAGGUGGGGAGACAACUCGAGAUCCUGUGUCAUCGCCUCUGGAUUCCGGACCAGGAGUAUAUGA